CGGGGAUGUCUGGCGGUGGUGUUUGGCGGAGGUGCAGUGUGGAGUCGACAACGCUAAAGAGCUCGGGCCAUGCUGCCGUCUUUUUGACGAUGAACGACAGCUACAUCGCCAUCGCCAUCGCCAUCGCCAUCCCGCCGGCCACCUCACACUCCCACCAAUAUUGUCAUGGCUGGAAUUCCGCAGUCCAUCUUCCGCUGGGCCGUCCCGGGCGCUCUCGCCAUCAGCUUCGCGCAGGCCUCUAUUUACGAUGUCAAGGGUGGAACUCGCGCCGUCAUCUUCGACAGGGUAUCCGGUGUGAAGGAGCAGGUCGUCAACGAGGGCACACAUUUCCUAGUUCCGUGGCUACAGAAGGCAAUCGUAUACGAUGUGAGGACGCGACCGAGGAAUAUCUCCACCACGACCGGUAGCAAGGACUUGCAGAUGGUCACUCUCACGCUGAGGGUGUUGCACCGUCCCGAGGUGCAGCAGCUGCCCAAGAUCUACCAGAACCUCGGUCUCGACUACGACGAGCGUGUGCUCCCUUCCAUUGGAAACGAAGUGUUGAAAGCUAUUGUCGCCCAGUUCGACGCCGCCGAGCUCAUCACCCAGCGUGAAGCCGUCUCAAACCGCAUCCGCAACGACCUCCUCAAGCGCGCCGGCGAGUUCAACAUUGCGCUCGAAGAUGUUUCCAUCACGCACAUGACCUUCGGAAAGGAGUUUACCAAGGCUGUCGAGGAGAAGCAGAUCGCACAACAAGAGGCGGAGCGCGCACGCUUUAUCGUUGAGAAGGCAGAGCAAGAAAGGCAAGCGAACGUCAUCCGCGCAGAGGGUGAGGCCGAGGCUGCCGAUACCAUCAGCAAGGCCGUCGCAAAGAGCGGUGAUGGCUUGAUCAUGAUCCGAAGAAUCGAGACGCAAAAGGACAUUGCACAGCUGUUGGCAAGGAACCCGAACAUCUCGUACCUGCCAAAUGGCGGCGCAGGCGGCGAGGGCAAGUCGGGCGGAAGCUUCCUCUUGGGCUUGCGGAGUUAGGCUAUUGUCGAGGGACGUACCGGGUAACCACUGGCAAGCAUCUAGGGCCAGCGAAAUUUGGCGUGUAUAAUACUACCUGUGAGCAUAUGAUAUUCACUGUAACGUAGGGUAUAAGACUCCUCUUUUGUCUACAUUCAGAACAGGCGCUCCACACUCGCAUGCAAUAAGAAAUAUCGGUGCAC